AUGGCUGGGGAAACAUCAAAGGUUUCUGGAAGACCAACUCGUAACUCACAGAGGACCACACUUCCAUCACAGCAGGAGAGUUGCGAAACAUCAUAUGAUCAAUACGAAGGACGCUUUUCCGACCUCAGAAAUAAAAACCAAGCGCUCGAACAACAAAUAAUGGAAAACCGAGCAUUGAUUGAUACAAUCUCAAAAAAGCUUGAUACUAUUACCGCUUGCUUUGAACCAAACAAUUCUGCUAGUGCAAAUGAUGGUGCUAUAGUUCCACUUCAAGCCCCACCUCCUCACGAUGGACAGCUUGUCUCCACCAAUCAAUUGAUGCAAAAGUAUCCAAAUGCUACAUUAGUCCCCAGUUCCAAAAGUAGAAGUGACCAUCAAAACUUCAAGGCCCAAUUGGAGAAUUUCCUCAAGCAACAACUUGACGAAAUUAAAAAUCACUCGGUGGUCCACUUAAAACAAUCCAUAAACCAGCAGAAUGCGCUUAUGAAAGUUGAUUACAAUUUCAUCAUCUCAAAAAUUUCGCCCUCAAUUACCACUGAGCUUGUGUCUUUUCGGCAGACCUUGGAAACUUCGCUUGAAAAAGAAAUUCAAUCUAUCACCGCUGUGCUAGUUUCUGAAAAAUAUUUACAAUUACAAGAUGAGAUGAGGAAAAAAAUCGAGGAUGAACUUCUGGCUGGGUUUACUCUCUUUGAGAAAUCUUUUACUGAUAAAGUUUCUUUGAAUCUCAAUAACUACUCCAAAGACUUUGAAACCCGUCUUCAAUCUCAGCUAACGUCAAUGGCCACCAAGAAAGAGAUUGAAGAUAAAUGCAAUCCAUUGGAAUCCAGGCUGGACGAUUUUUCUCAAAAUAUAAGUACAGGGUGUUUCAAUGAGCUAUCAAGCUUGAAGGAAGAAUUCAAAACUCUUGAGGCUUCAAUGAAACAACUGGAUUCAACUAUGGAUCAAGCUCUCAAAAACAACGAGGCUAAAAUUAAGAAUAUGCGAGAAUUGAUGAUGAAUGAGAAAAUGAAAAUAAGUGAAAAUUUUGAAGAACUGAGGAAAAAUUAUGAUGAAUUGAAGGAGAAUUACAAGCAUUCCACACAGGUGGAUGCUCAUGAUAUACUCGAGGACACGGGGGUCAAGACAAUUGUAUCAAAUACACUUUCUCAAUUUGGUGUUGAUACCAACACUAUGACCGACCUUACUACUAGAAUUGAAAGGUUAUUGGCAGUCACUGAAUCUCUUCUCAACUCAGAUUCACAUUUCACCCCCGUAAUUCAAAAUAUUGCCAGCAACCCUUCAGACAUCAUUCCCUCAAUCAACUUGCCAUCUCCUGAAAACAGUCAAAAUGUAUCGAAAGAAGCCGAAGUAGCAACUCCAUCAGCUAUUGCCUUGGACGAAGAUCACACCAUGGAAUCUGAAGAUUCAACUCAUCAAAGGUCUUCUCAAACCUCGACUACACCAAUCCAACUUGGCACAACUGAUCCCUCAACAAAUUUUGCCUCCGAAUCUACACACCGGCUAAAUACACCUCGACUAAAUACGCCUGAACCAUCGGCAAGACCCAGAGAAAAGAUAUCAACCCCCCGUUCUGGACGCAUCAAAUUCAACAAAAGAGAAAAUAGAAACCCUGUGAAACCGCUGACAGACUCAGAGAAACAGGAGUUGGAAUUAUUGGGACAAGCCAUGCAGUCUUUCAUCUACUACCUUGCUCAACAGAACCAGAAGAAAUCGCCUAGUCUUCCUCGACCUACAACAGAAGAACUGAGGUCUUUGAAACCGCUAAAACCAAUCGACAACCUUCUUCAAGGGAAUUCUUACACCCUUGAUGAAUACAGCAGUCUUCCUGCAAAUUCCCCAAAAAUUCUUUCGCCAGAGGAGGUCAAGGGAAUCGGUUUCGUUGAGGAAGACGAAAAAAAAACGCCCUACUUAGAUAUUAUAUCAAGAAAUCUGCCGACACCUUUCAAUUUACACGCACAUUGUCAAAACCGAGCCAGGCAAUACGCUGUAGCCACCUUCUCUUGGGCUGACCAAUCUGACAAUAACCACGAGUUGUGGAAUCUGCGUAUGGCAGCAUUCUGUGUUGACACAUUCAUUACUGCGUGCGAACAACAAUGUUUUCCACUUGUUCAUGCUCAUCAAUUAAAAAUACCAGCUCCUCCAGUGGCACUCGAAAUCUUUACCGCCAAGUUGAAACAUCGUAUAAAAACAAGAAAUCGCGAGGAAAAUCAUCCAGGGUCCAUCUUGAAGAACCAACAAAUUGAUCGUCGCUACCAUCGCCGUCAAGCUCUCCAAGCUAGGCGAAAAGAUACUUGCCAAAUUGUUAAGCAACUCAAUGCAGCCUUAUUCUUGUUCGAUAACGAUUACAUAUGCUCUGACGACGAAUCCGAUGAUCAAGAUAGAAAGUCCAGAACUCGGAUUUCUCUUCCCUUCCGAAGCAAAAGUGCUACUGCCCUGGUUGAGCACAUAGAUCAAAUCUCAGAAGCACUCUCAAAGAAAGAUGAAACCAGGCGACCAGGCCCUCCUCCAGCAACUCGGAAACCAUCUAAUGUGACACCAGAUUCACCUAACCUAAGAAUUCCAGUGGGGUUACCCAGAGAUGUGUAUGAUGAAUCUUUCCUAUCUACUCUCACCAGUACUCAGAUGGAUGAACUAAAAGCCAAAGAUGAUUUUUUCACAUCUGAGGUCACACUUUGUAUAUACAAACCACUUCCAAUUUAG